AUGGGAUAAUGUGUAUGUUCUGAAUAAAUUACUGUUCUAAGUGAGGCUCCUCCACUGACAUUUACUAGUAAAAUUGAGACCAUUCGGGAAGUUGGAGCUCUUCCAGAUGAACCUUUAAUUCAAGGAGAUUUAGAGAAGAAUUUAUCAUAAACCAAAACCAGAUAAUUGGAUGAUUCCUUACUAUUAGAAAUUCAUAGACCUGAUGUUAAAGAAGCUAAAUUAACAUCUUAAUUGUUCUAGACAACCUCAUUCAAAGUCAAAGUACGAGAUGAUUAUAAUGCAGGAACUAUUAGAUAGAUUGGCCCCUUUUGAAGUAGAAGACUCAGAAGCAUAUUUUUAUGGAGUGUAUGAAUUAAAUAAUGGGAGUUUAUAUCAAGGAGGAUGGUUAGAAGGUCAAAAAAAUGGAAAAGGUAAAAUUCAGUUAUUAAAUAAAAAGGAGUUUAAAUCAUGAAAAAUGGAUCAAUAUAUGAAGGUUAAUUUUCUCGAGGAAUGGCAAAUGGAAAGGGUAGAAUGAUUUAUGCAGAUGGUGAUUAUUAUAUAGGAUAAUGGUGUGAUGAUCAACAUUACGGAUAUGGUGAGUAUUAUCAUGGAGAUGGUGCCAUGUAUAAAGGAGACUGGUUCGAAAAUUUAUAAAAUGGAUAGGGAUUCGAAUUUUUCUCUGAUAAAUCUAGUUAUACAGGUUAAUUUAAAUUAGGAAAGCGUGAAGGAUAUGGAGUAUAUAAAUUCCCAGAUGGUUCUCUUUAUGAAGGUUCGUUUAAAAAUAACUAAUUUAAUGGAUAAGGGUAAUUAUAAUUGAUAUAUUUUAGUACUUAUACUUGGAAUGAUGGUAGAAAAUAUGAAGGAGAGUGGUUAAAUGAUUAAAUGGAUGGAAAGGGUAAAAUGACAUGGGCAGAUGGUACUAUAUAUUAAGGGGAAUAUAAGAAUGAUAAAAAACAUGGAUUUGGAACUUUGACAUGGCGUAAUCAUAAUAGUAAUUUAGUUAGCUGAUUCUCGAUAAUAUUCUGGAUAAUGGGAAUAUGGUAAAUAACAUGGAAUUGGUGAAUAUACUAAUUCUUAAUAAGGAAAAAGGAAAGGAUAAUGGGUGAAUGGAAAAAGAAUGUAAUGGUGUGAUUGA